GAAAAAUUUCUAUUUAUAAAGUUCUGUAUUUCAAAUUCAACCAAUUCCUAAAAUACACUUGUUGGAUUUGAAUCAAAAUUUAAUUUUGUUCCUGAAUCUGCUUAAUUUAAAAAUGAAAUUCAUCAUAGCUAUUCUUUGUGUUCUCGUUCAUUUUGUGUGGGCUAAAGUAUCUCCUUGUGCAACUGAUAAAGGACCUCUUCCAAAAUCAGUAACAAUAGCUAAUUGUGAUAAAGAUGAAGUUUGUGAUUUUGUCCGAGGAAGAUCAAUCAUUGGUGACUUUGAAUUUGAAGCUAAAUCUGACAUAACAGCUUUAUAUCCUGUUGUCUACAUGACACUUGGCAACAACAGAAACCUAAAAGCCAUGUCUAAUGCACCUGAAGAUCGAAUUAUUGGCUGUGAUUGGCUUCUUGAUGGCUACAAGUGCCCAAUUGCUAAAGGAAAGUCUGCAGUAUGGAGAUUAAACAUGCCGAUUCAUAAAAUGGAAGAUCUUUCAUCUGGAGCAAUUGAAGUCCAAAUGAGGUCACAAGACAACUCCACGCAUUUCUGCGCCGUUAUUUGGGGAAAUGUUUAUGCUUUUUAAGUAAACUUUUAUGGUAUUAGAAGCUUUGGUUUUAGAAUCACUGAUGUACAUUCCUGUAAACAUUCUUGCAAUAAAACUAACUCUGAUGAUGGAUAUCCAUGAGCUUCAAAAUGCAGGUGGAUAGCUUUGCAGUAUUCUUGAAAUUUUUCCUUAGCUUCAUUUAAGUCGAGCUUGGAAAUUUCAUUUUUAGACUUCUUAGCCCAUUUUAAGGUCUUCUUAUCCAUUGAUUUGAGUGAAUUGAAUUGUGGAUAAUUUUUGCUGCAUGCUUCACAUUGGCAGUGGAAUGAAUAUUGUUCAUAAAGUGUGAUUUGACGUUCUGCUUUCGGCUGGAUGAGGAAUGUUGAUCUGAAAUGAAUAUUUAGGGUUUUUGAUAAAUUUUGACUUUUUUAAAU